AUGAACCAGAAACCUGAUGAGAGUGUCAGAGAGGUUAAAAAAGAGGAGCCAGAAUACCUGAUGUCUGUGGGUGUGGGGGCCACGAAGGACAGCCCCCCCGAGAUGAAGAGUGCAGUGUUUCAGAAAGUGACUGAGGAGAAGCUGACUGGUUCUCUUCUGUUGAAAAGCACUGAUGGGAAUCAAGGUAUGUCAGAGAGCCUGCAGUGUGAGCACACUAUGAACAUAAACAGCCGCAGUUGUGGGCGCAGUCUGAACAGCACACCAAAGAUACUGUACACCGAGGGAGUGGAGUCCAAAGAUGAUGAUUACCUCCAUGAGUGGUUUACGGUCGAAGGAUAUUGUGAGGAUUUCCAGUCUUCCUUCACUGAUCAGUGUGAGGUCCAUGGUCCUCCUGUCUUCAUCCCUGACUCUCCUGCACUUGUAGGGGUCCCUGGCAGGGCCCUCCUCACUCUGCCCCCUGGUUUAGAGGUUAGUCCAUCCAGUAUCCCUGGGGCAGGCCAAGGGGUGUUCAGCCAGGGGCAGACUGUGCCCAGAGGAGUGCAUUUCAGGCCCUAUGAAGAAGACACUGGCAAAGAGGAAGCCAUUGACAGCGGCUACUCCUGGGUGGUUUACAAGGGCAAAUGGUGUGAGACAUACAUUGAUGCCAGGAGAGAAACACACUCUAACUGGAUGAGAUAUGUGAACUGUGCCCGUGAUGAGGAGGAGCAGAACCUGGUGGCCUUCCAGCACAAAGGGAACAUCUUAUAUCGCUGCUGCAAGCCCAUUGCUCCCGGGCAGGAGCUCCUGGUGUGGUACGCAGAAGAUCACGCCAAGGACCUGGGCAUCACCUUUGACUGUUUGUGGAGUAAAAAGUGCUAUUCACAAGGUAUCUCAGAUAAAUCCACCCAAGGGUUCCCUUGUUCUCAGUGUUCCUUGUCCUUCACAGCGGAGAUUUACCUGCACGGACACAUGAAAAGAUCUCACCCUGAGGAGUUUGUCAGACAGCUGAUGGCUAGAUCUGUCAACACAUCCCAGAAUUUCCCAUCUUCUGCUGGCCCCAGUGCCUCUCAGCCCAGAACAGACACAUUCAGUACCUUGAAUGAAGCGGCGGCAGAACCGAAACCUGGCAGCACGGAGAGGCUGAGCGGCAGUUUCUCGGCACACUGGGGUGCUGGCAGCAGGGAGGCGGGGGCCGGGCUGCCACAGACAAUGGAGCAGCAGGGGAACCGGUCAGGUCCUGCGACAGGCCCGAACAAGCCCCAGACGCCCGACGUGCGGCGGCAGCCACGGGCGGACAGGAAGUUGCAAUGA